GCAGCGCUGCCCGGUGAGGCGGUGCUGGCGCCAUCUUUGCUGCGGGCGGGGCCGAGGCGGGGGGGACUUUGGUCGCGUCCCCUCGGUGCCGCCGGCGGGGCAUGCUGAGAGCGGUGCCCUGGACCCCGCUGCGCUGCCUGCUCCCGGCCCCGCGCUGCACCCCGCGACGCCUGCACGGCUCCGAUACCCCGGGCAGCUCCCCGCGCCCGCCCCGCGCCAUGGCGGGUCCCCCGGGGCUGAAGCCGCUGGUGGCCGUGGGCCAGGUCACCUCCACGCCUGACAAGGAGCUGAACUUCGCCGCCUGCGCCGGGCUGGUGCGGGAGGCGGCUCAUCGCGGCGCCUGCCUCGUCUUCCUCCCCGAGGGCUUCGACUACAUCGGCUCCGACACGGCGCAGACCCUCAGCCUGGCCGAGGGACUGGAUGGGGACCUCAUGGGACGCUACGCCGAGCUGGCCAGGGACUGUGGCGUGUGGCUGUCCCUUGGUGGCUUCCAUGAGCGUGGCCAGGACUGGCCGACCACGCAGCGCAUCUACAACUGCCACGCGCUGCUGGACCCCGCAGGUCGCCUCGUGGCCGCCUACAGAAAGACCCACCUGUGCGACGUGGAGCUGGAGGGACGCGUCACCAUGAAGGAGAGCAGCUUCACCAACCCCGGUGCCGAGAUCGUGGCCCCGGUCAGCACGCCGGCGGGGAAGCUCGGCCUCGCCAUCUGCUACGACCUGCGUUUCCCCGAGAUCUCGCUGGCGCUGCGGCGCGCCGGCGCCGAGAUCCUCACCUACCCCUCGGCCUUCACCGUCCCCACGGGCUCGGCGCACUGGGAGGUGCUGCUGCGGGCCCGGGCCAUCGAGAGCCAGUGCUACGUGGUGGCGGCCGCCCAGACCGGCAAGAACCACGAGCGCCGGACGUCCUACGGCCACGCGCUGGUGGUGGACCCCUGGGGCGCCGUGGUGGCCCAGUGCCGCGAGGGGCCCGGGCUCUGCUACGCCGAGAUCGACCUCGACUACCUGCACCGCAUCCGCCAGGAGAUCCCGGUGCACGGCCACCGCCGGACCGACCUCUACGGCCGCGUGGGGCUGGCGCCGUGAGCCCCGCCCUCCUACGGCCAAAUCCAGAGCAGGGCCACAUCCACUCGGUUUCAGACCGUUUCUCCCCAAAAUGCGGCAGCAAGCUGCGCUCAGGGCUCCCCGUGCCACAGCCAGGAGGGUGUCAUGUCUCCCCCUCUCUUUUUUGGUGUCCCCCACACUGCUUGGGGGGUCUGGGGUCCCCUGGCGCAGGCAAGGGCGGAAGGAAGGAGCCAGGCGCUGCAGUAGAUGUUUAUUUCAAGAAACCCAAAAGCUACAGAGGGAAUAUGACCGUCAUAUUGAAAUUUAAAAAAUACAGAAGUCACAGAAAUUACACCAAGUUGUGCCAGAAUUGUCCGUAAGCGGGGGACGGGGCUGCGUGCCCCGGGGGGGCCACAAGCACCACGAGUCCCGGGGGGCUGCCCCCACCCUGGAGGGGGUGCGCACCCACCGGCGGCCGAGCAGAGACGGUGAGAAAACACCACAAAACCAGGAUGGAAGUUGGGGGGGUGGGGGUGGG